GUACCUUGACGCUGUCAGCCACGUCACCUCCCCUGAAGCUACUUUCCUGAAGAACCGCUGGACUGUGGGCGGAAAAGUCACUCAUCUAUCAGUUUACCUGCUCGCCGGGCUGCGUGACGGACACCGUGGAGCUUCGCUUUCUACUUUGCUUUUAUUUUAAUCCCCCUCUCACGGCUUGUUUCUUGCGCUUCGUGGCUGAACUCCUUCCUCUUUUCCCGAGGACGUGUCAGGCCUGCGUGGAGAUUCAUUAGGUUUUAGCUGCUGAACAGAAUGAACGUCUUUCGUCUGGCCGGUGACGUGUCACAUUUGGUGGCUAUCAUCAUCCUGCUGCUGAAGAUAUGGAGGUCCAAGUCCUGCGCUGGAAUCUCUGGGAAGUCUCAGGUGCUGUUUGCACUUGUUUUCACCACCAGAUAUCUUGACCUUUUCACAGCCUUCAUUUCUGCGUACAACACAGUUAUGAAGGUGGUGUUUCUGGCUCUGUCCUACGCUACCGUCUACCUGAUCUACAUGCGCUUCAGGAACUCGUACGACUCGGGGAAUGAUACGUUCCGCGUGGAGUUCCUGUUGGUUCCUGUUAUCGGGCUGUCCUUCCUGGAGAACUAUGCCUUCACCCCAAUGGAGAUCCUGUGGACCUUCUCCAUUUUCCUGGAGGCAGUGGCCAUAAUGCCGCAGCUCUUCAUGAUCACUAAGACCGGCGAGGCGGAGUCCAUCACCACCCACUACCUGUUCUUCCUCGGCCUCUACAGAGCCCUCUACAUAGGCAACUGGGUGUGGCGCUACCACACGGAGGGCUUCUUCGACCAGAUCGCCGUGGUGUCUGGCGUCGUGCAGACCAUUUUCUACUGCGAUUUCUUCUAUCUUUAUGUCACGAGGGUGCUCCGAGGAAGAGGAAAGAUGAGCCUGCCGAUGCCGGUUUAAAACAGACGUCCGUGCUGUGCAGCCUCCCACCUGUGCCUGCUAUAGUUCGAGAUCUGAACACAGACCUUGGCCUUCAGCUGUGCUUUGCAAAGGGACUAACGGUCUGACAUCACUCUGUAGACCAACAUGAAAUAAGUUUUCUGUCUGAUUGUGAGUGUGGGUCUGUGUGUUUGCAAGUGUGUACAUGCACUGUGUAUGUCUGUGUUUUGUUUUUUUUGUCCAUGAGAUGCGAAUGUGGCACUGGAAAUGUGCACAAGAAGCUUAAAUUCAGUGGAGUACUUGUCCAUAGUGUCCAUGCAAAUCAACAUCAGAUUAAUACUAACUUUCAAUUCUGAAGCCACAAAAAUGCAUCUAAUGUUGAUUUUAGCAUUUUUGUAGCAGCAGCAGCACUCAGGUAGACUGAAUGUAGCUUUAGUUUCCUGUCCAGCACCGAUCCAGUGGUUCCUGUGUUACAGCUGUAAGGGCUCAGAGCUUCCUUUUCUUUACUCGAUCAACAUCACUACAGUCGUGACAAAUAUUGUAUUUGUAAAUUUGUACACUUUAAUUUUCCACGGUGUCUUCCUCUUGCUUUCCGUACUGUUAGACACUCCCUGAAUAGCUUCAUGUAUGUCCUUUAUCAUUAUUAAAUAUGUUACUGUUUUGUA